AUGAUACAAAGUUGUAGCAAAUUACAUCCGAAGACAGCCCUUUCGGAAUUUUUUGUUAGCUUAAUCUACAGGUCAUCAAAAGCCUACUUGCAUGUGUUAAUGUUUUCCUUUCUACAAAAAUUCCUUCUUAAAAGAGCACCGUCGUCAUCUUCUCCACCGUUUACCAGAUCAUUCGAUAGAGGGUUCUUGAUGAAGAAGUUAGGUCGCCUUCUCUGUUGCGGUUUUGAUAAAAUUGUGAUGCUUAUGAACAACAACACAUUAUGUUUGGUGAAGAAUUACGGGUAAAUAUCACUCCAAAGGCCCAUCAGAAAUAAGAAAUGAAUGACUAAACCUCCUCAAUUCCUUAUGUUGCCUCCUCCGUUUGCCUGCCUGCUUCCUUCAGCGAAACUCCUAAACGCUACCACCGCUUCCAACCUCAAUCGGUCUUCAUAUCACUAUUUGUGGUUCAUACUUUAGACCGACCACCUGAGAACUAAGGCGGCUCGGCGGACGUAUUAGCGACAACCGUAUCAGAUCCAGGAGCUACGAUUUCCGACAUCGUUUCUCCGUUGAUAGGGAUAAGAACUAGGACAAAGGGAUCUAUUUGCACAAAUACAAUUAUUAUUUAAGGCGAACUCUCCUGUAAACCCUAAUUUGCUCCAACUUCAGAAAUUUUGAAGAAAGAUGGGGAAGAAACAACACAACAAAGACCGGAUGUACCUUAUGAAUACAGAGUGGGCCGCCGUUCUGCGACUUCCUUUUGUAUGUGAUUCACCAAAUUAAUAAUUGUUUCAAAUGAACAUCGUUUGAUGCAUAUCCAGUUUCAACUUCUUCAAUAGUCUCUUGAUCCAAGGUUAAUUCAUCCCUUAACCUUACCUAUUGUUUUGUUUUCUCUUCAAACCUUUGUCAUAAAGACGGGGAUUAUCAGUUUGAAUCAAAGCCUGAUAUUGGUAAAGAGCAAGAAAGAGGAGAUCGGAUGUUAAAAAAUAUUUAUUUUGGGAUAAAGGUCGACAGUGUUGGGGUAUUUCCUUUUUCUUUCUAAAAUUUCAAUUUAUGCUUCUUCAAGUGCUACAAUUUUUAGGAUUUUGUUUCUUUUAUUGAUUCAUGUUUUUAAGUGUUAAAUUGAAGUUGUAGGGAAAGAGUGAUUUGAUUUGAUUUGAUCAGUAAUCUCAAAUGCGUGUGUUGUAUAGUUGUUUUUAUGAUUUCUAUAAGUUUCACUUCAAUUUUAUGUAUGUAAGUUGGAGAAAUUGAUUUUGUGGAGCUUUUCAUCCCAACUGUUUGUUUAUAUGUCUCUGUAAAACUGAAUUGAUAG